AUUGAGCUAGAUGGACCAAUGGUCUGACUCAGUAUAUGGCAGCUUCCUACAUUCUUAACCUAAGCAAGAAGAGCUUGGUGGUGGCAGUGAAAGCUUGACAUAGGGAAGAAGAGAUAAUGACAUCAUUCUCAGUAAAACUGGUCCACAUAGUUUUAAGGUUAUUAACCUCUCUAGUUUGGGGAACAGACCCCCCCACCACAAGCAGUGCCCCAGAGCGAAAUUUAUGUGUGGAAAGCUAUUGGAAUGGGGUUCUCUUAUUAUGCAAUCACUAAAAAAAGCAUUUCAAUAAUCCAGUUGGGGCAAAAUAAGAGAAUAAAUGAAAGCAGAAAGAAAAGAAGGAAUGAAUACUGAAGGGUGGUCAGAUCCUGCGUGUUUCUACAGCCCUGAGCUGCCUCCUCCGUGUACCUUUGCAGGUGAAAAAUAUCCGAGCUGGCAGGAGUCAGCCUGGCCUUAGUGUUCUGACUUGAAGGCCUCAGCACCUGUCAGGACUGGAGAUGGUUCGAGACUUGUGUGAUGGGCAGAUGGAAGGUGGACAAAUCGGGUCCACUGAAAUCACUUUCACUCCUGGGAAGAUCAAGGGUGGAACCCACAUAGCAGACACCAAAACAGCAGGGAGCGUUUGCCUGUUGAUGCAAGUUGCUAUGCCCUGUGUGCUGUUUGCAGCCUCACCUUCAGAACUUCGCUUGAAAGGUGGCACCAAUGCAGAGAUGGCUCCCCAGAUCGACUAUACUGUGAUGGUCUUCAAGCCAAUGGUUGAGAAAUUCAAUCUGACAUUGGAUUGCGAUAUUAAAAAGAGAGGUUACUACCCUAAGGGUGGUGGUGAAGUGAUUGUCCGAAUAUCCCCCAUUAAGCAGCUAAGCCCAAUCAAUUUAAUGGACCGUGGCACUGUGACCAAGAUACAUGGAAGAGCAUUUGUUGCUGGAGCCUUGCCCAUUAAAUUAGCAAAAGACAUGUCAUCAGCAGCAGUGCGGUGCAUCAGAAAGGAAAUCCGGGAUCUUUACGUCAACAUUCAGGCUGUUCGAGAACCUGAUGAUCAGGCCUUUGGAACUGGAAGUGGAAUAAUAAUUGUUGCGGAGACCUCCACAGGCUGCUUGCUAGCAGGAUCAUCGCUUGGUAAAAGGGGUAAAAAUGCUGACAAAGUUGGAAUUGAAGCAGCAGAGAUAUUGCUUGGAAAUCUUCGGCAUGGAGGAGCUGUGGACGAUUAUCUGCAAGACCAACUGAUCAUUUUCAUGGCAUUAGCAAAUGGGAUCUCUAGAGUGAAAACUGGACCGAUUACUCUUCAUACACAAACUGCUAUACAUUUUGCAGAACAGUUGACAAAGGCCAAGUUUACUGUGACAAAAUCAGAAGAUGAAGAGGCAAAGGAUGCCUGUAUUAUUGAGUGCCAAGGAAUCGGAAUGCUGAACACCAAUUUGUAGCUGGUUUUUGUUUUUAAUAAAAUAAUACCUCAGUAAUGAAUUGCACUACAUUUCAGCUGGCAUAUUUGGGGGUAAAAUAGGGAUAGUGUGAUUAGUUUAAGUCUAAUGAAGGGUAGUCAUUGUGUGGGGUAUGGACAAUAGAGCCAUUCACCUUUGGCUGAUCAUGAAACAUACGGCCAGCUGUUCAACAGAGAUGCAGCAGAGCUGAAAACUAUUAUGUUCUGUGUUUAAAACUGUUUUAAAAUUUCAGUGUUUAAAAAUGACUCAUGUGAUUCAGAAAUCUUCUCCUCUCUGGGUCUAUCGUAUAAAAUCCUUUACCCACUUUGCAAAAUACUGUGCACAGAAAUACAUUAGUCAGCUGUUGCAACCUAUGGUUUUGGGUUUUUUUAUAAUUUCUGUAACCAUUUGUUGCAUGCACAUGAUUUCUGACACACAAAAAUAAAGGAAUCUAACCAGA